AUGGGAUUAUUUCUGUCACCCGAUUAUUUCUGCUGUAGCUGGAGGGUGGUCCUCUCCCGAGUCUGGAGUAGCCGGUACGCAGGGUUCGAUGACCUACACGCUUGUGCUGAUCCCGGAGCUCCUGAACAUGGAUACAAGACACCCAGUGCAGGUGUUUUCUUUGAAAGUGUGGUAGUCCGCUUCCAUUGCCAAGAAGGAUACAGGCUUAAUGGUACUUCAAAAAAACUUUGUGUGAGACACUUUAAUGGCUCCCUGAGCUGGAAACCAAGUGAUAAACCUGUGUGCCUACAAGAAGAUUGCCUUGUUCCACAUGUUGAAGAUGCAGAGAUUCAUAACAAGACAUACAGGACUGGCGAUAAGUUAAUAAUCAGCUGUCAUGAAGGAUUCCAGAUCCGUUACCCUGACUUAGACAACAUGGUUUCAAUAUGUCAAGACGAUGGAACAUGGGAUAAUCUGCCCAUUUGUCAAGGUUGCCUGAGGCCAUUGGUUCUUCCUCAUAGUUACAUUAACAUAUCUGAGUUCGAGUCCUCCUUCCCCGUAGGAACAGUGGUGUAUUAUCAAUGCUUUCCUGGAUAUAAACUAGAAGGGGCAGAGUUCCUUGAGUGCAUGUAUAACCUUAUCUGGUCAGAUAGCCCACCUAGGUGCCUUGAUGUGGAAGUUUGUCCACUACCUCCAAUGGUGAGUCACGGAGACUACAUCUGCCACCCGCGGCCUUGCGAGCGUUACAACCACGGGACGGUGGUGGAGUUUUACUGUGAUCCUGGUUACACCCUCACCAACGACUACAAGUACAUCACCUGCCAGUACGGAGAGUGGUUCCCCUCCUACCAAGUAUACUGUGUCAAAACAGAACAAACCUGGCCAAAUACACAGGAGACCCUCCUGACUACAUGGAAAAUAGUGGCGUUUACUGCUACCAGCGUUUUAUUAGUACUGCUACUGGUUAUUUUAGCCAGGAUGUUCCAGACCAAAUUUAAGACACAUUUCCUUCCAAGAGGCAACCAGGAGGGCUCCGUGGGUGACCCCGACUUUGUGGUGGUGGAUGGCGUUCCUGUCAUGCUGCCUUCCUACGAUGAAGCUGUAAGCAGCGGCUUGAAUGCUCUGGCACCCGGAUACUCAGCUACCACAGACCAGGGGCAUAUUUUCCAGACAGAAGAUCAGAAUCCACCAGCUUACCCCGGCCCCAGGAUUACAGACAUGCUGCCUAGCGAAUUUGAGACCUGUGACAGUAGGUCGGGCUCCUCUGAACUGCUCCAAAGUUUGUACCCCUCCCCAGCGUGCCAAGCGGCAGCACUUCCCAGUUCAGAUCGAACUGACGUAUCCCGUAGCACUGCCGGGGAGGCUGCGUCCACGAGCCCGCGGAUCGAUAUUGCAGAUGAGAUUCCUUUGAUGGAAGAAGACCCUUAG